AUGAAGUCUGCUGUCUUCGCUUCAGUCCUGGGGGCUGCGGCCCUUGUCCAGGCCUCUCCUCAGCCUCUUCAGAAGCGUGCUCUUACUCCCAUCACCGUUAAGGGCAAUGCCUUCAUGCAGGGCGACAAGAGGUUCUUCGUCCGUGGUAUUGCAUGGCAGCCUGGUGCGUCUGCUGGAAACAAGGACCCUCUUGCCGACACCAAGAUCUGCAUGCGUGACUUGGAGAAGUUCAAGAAGCUUGGUGUCAACACUGUCCGUGUCUACUCGACCGACAAUUCCCUUAAACACAAGGAAUGCAUGGAUGCUUUUGCGCAGGCUGGCAUCUACCUGGUGCUCGACGUCAACAACCCCAAGUACUCGAUUAACCGCGAGAAGCCUAUCCCCUCAUACAACGCCGAGUACCUGCAAAGCGUGUUCGCCACUGUCGAGGAGUUUGCUCAGUACGACAACACCAUGGCCUUCUUCUCGGGCAACGAGGUCGUCCACGACGAGAAGGAGAGCACACUGGCCGCUCGCUACGUCAAGGCCGCUACCCGUGACAUGAAGAGCUACAUGGCCCAGCGCAAGCUGCGCCAGGUCCCUAUCGGCUACUCGGCCGCCGACGUGUCCCAGAACCGCAAGCAGACUGCUGAGUACUUCAACUGCGGCACUGACGACGCCCGCUCCGACUUCUUUGCUUUCUGGUGCGAGGCUAACAUGUUUCAGAACGACUACUCUUUCUGCUCCUCUGACGUCAAGACCGCUGGCUGGGAUGUCAAGGCCCGUAACUUCAGCGACUACGGUGUCCCCAUCUUCCUGUCCGAGUUCGGCUGCAACAAGAACGAGCGCAACUGGGGUGAGAUCAAGGCUCUCAUGACUGACAAGGAGAUCCUCGCCACCUGGUCUGGUGGUCUGGUCUACGAGUACACUGAGGAGGAGAACAACUACGGCGUUGUCAAGAUCAACGGCGACAAGGUCGAGGAGCUGUCCGAGUUCGAGCCCCUCGUCAAGGCCUUCAAGGAUUACCCCGCCCCUACCGACAUGGCUGGUGCUCGCAGUGAGGAUCGCAAGAGCGAAUGCCCCAAGGAGGACGACCACUGGCUUAUUGGCACCGACAAGCUUCCCAAGAUGCCCGAGGACGCAAAGAAGUACCUCAAGGACGGCGCCGGCAAGGGCCCCGGUCUGAAUGGCCCCGGCUCGCAGAACUCUGGUCCCGCCAAUAUUGAGGAUGCUGAGAACGGAUCCGGAUCCGGUGGCCGCGCCGACGGUACUGGUGCCUCGGCUAGCAACCAGGGCAGUAACAACAACGCAGGCGAGGCCAACAAGGCCUCGUUCCUGCUUGCAGGCUCCAUUGUUGCUUUCACCGUCUUCAGCAACCUUUUGUAA